AUGACUUACAAGGCCUUAUAUGAGCUCAAACAAGCAUCCAAAGCCUGGUAUGAAUGUUUGUCCCAGUUCCUUGUCAAAAAUGUGUAUAGACGAGGAGGAGUUGACAAAACUCUUUUUGUUAAAAAAUAUCAAGAGAAUUUUGUGAUUGUCCAAAUCUAUGUUGACAACAUUUUUUUUUGGUGGGAUGUCAUAGGAGGGUGUCAAGCUCUUCGUUAUACAAAUGUAGGAAGAAUUCGAGAUGAGCAUGGUAGGAGAAUUGUCAUAUUUUCUGGGGUUUCAAAUUUACAAUUGAAUGAGGGAAUCUUUAUCUCUAAAAGUAAAUAUGCCAAGAAAGUGAAGAAAUUUGGGCUUGAAAAUGCCAAUGUUAAAAGAACUCAUGCUCAUGUGAAGACAUCAAAAGACUCAGGUGGAACUCAUAUUGAUGAGAGUCUAUACAAAAUUAGCACUAGACAAGGAACCCACACUUCCAAUAGCAAGAUGGUUAGGAACAAAGAAAAGGCCAAACAAAAAGUGUGUGUCGAAGAGGACGUUUCUCUGACUACACUAAACAAAUAUGGCAUUCACAUGCAUGGACUCCUUGUUGAGAAGAAAGAAGUUGGAAUUCCUCCACCUUUGGAAAAAAGAAGUGAGGAAGAUGUUAAUACUCCCCUCGUGACAAAUCCCAUGACUGAUCAAGAAAAUUUAAAUGAUGAUUCCGUUUAUGACCCUUUGUUUGCUGAAAAUGGUGAGAAAUUGAAGGAUGCAGUCACUUCUAAUGUUGACCCUCAAAUGUCUGAUCAAAAUCCAGAAAAUCUUGAACAUUCUCUUGGCUCUGUCCAUGUUUCUGAUGAGGGCUCUGAUGUUAAUGUUUCCCUCACUGAUCUCAAAAUGAAGGAAAGUGAGGAUGUUUUUGCAUGUGUUAUUGAAUCUCAUGUUGAGGCUUUGCAUGAGACAUCUGAAAUCAUUCUAAAAUAA